CGAAGUUGGUUUGGCCUGCAUUUCCUGUGCGAAACCAUUAUUAGGAAGUUAGGGCGGUGGUUGAGAGGGCAGCACGGGCUAACUGACUAUCCAUUUUUUCGGAAUUAGCCUCGCAGGUAAACACACAACAGCCAAAAUGUCGAGCAAAAGGGCCAAGGGAAAGACCACCAAGAAGCGCCCCCAGCGCGCUACCAGCAAUGUGUUCGCCAUGUUUGACCAGUCUCAGAUCCAGGAGUUCAAAGAGGCCUUCAACAUGAUCGACCAGAACCGCGACGGGUUUGUCGACAAGGAGGACCUGCAUGACAUGCUUGCCUCACUAGGGAAGAACCCGACUGAUGAUUACCUGGAGGCUAUGAUGACUGAAGCGCCUGGGCCCAUCAACUUCACCAUGUUCCUCACCAUGUUCGGAGAGAAGCUCAACGGCACAGAUCCUGAGGACGUCAUCAGAAAUGCUUUUGCCUGUUUCGACGAAGAAGGCACAGGUGUCAUCCAGGAGGAGUACCUCAGAGAGCUGCUGACCACAAUGGGUGACCGCUUCACAGACGAGGGAGUGGACGAGCUCUUCAGGGAGGCGCCCAUUGACAAAAAGAGCAACUUCAACUAUGUGGAGUUCACACGCAUCCUAAAACAUGGCGCCAAGGACAAGGACGAUUAAGCCACAGCCAUGCCAGUUG